GUUUGAGAAGCGGAAGGUCAAAAUAACCCUAAUGACAUCCUGGCACCUUUCCAGCGUAGAGGGUUUGAAGAAAAAGCUGAUGACCUUGCAGAGGGCUCGUUCUGAUCUCAUAGAAGCCGUGAAGGUCCUCUCGCUCCCCUUCAGUGGGUUACAACGCUUCACAUUCACUGAGGAUGUUGAUAUCAUGGUUCUCUGCCACUCUAUCGUGAACAGGCGGUUCGGCAUCACCAACGUAACAGACUCCCUCUACGAUGAGUUCCUCGAUUACUGUAACAAGACGCUUGGAAAAGAAAGAAUCGUGGUCAUUGCUCACGAUUUCAGACAGGAGAAAAAUGAGGUGAGGGCAGUGACGAUGAAUACUUUCAAGCACACCCAAUGGUCCACCUUUGAGAAGGCGGGCCUGGUCAUGAUUUGUGGAAUGAUGGAUAAGACCCCAGAGAUUCAGGAGAAAGAUUGGAAGAGCUUGGUGAAGUUCCUGGAGGACGCUUCUAAGUCAACUCCCACAAUUGCUGAUAUCAGUCAAACAACGCUUCCCAAAAUAAACACUUCUGACACCAAACAAAAACUAAACAAAUCUGAAAAAGAUAAGAAAGGUAUGAAUAUCUUUGGCACGACAUCAUCAGGUGGCCCUGUUGGGAUGGUAACGGGAUCCCACAAGCCCGCCAUCUAUAUCUGCACCUCGUGGGGGCUAGACAGUGUUAAAGGACUCAAGGAAAAGUUACAAACUUUGUUAAAGCAAUCGUUCUCAAGGUAUGAGAUCAAGGAGCAAGUGCUGCCUUACAGUCGCCCGGAGGAUUUCAAGUUUCCCCCGGAGGUGGAUAAAACUGAUGCCAUGAUUCUCUGCCAUUCGGUGCAGAACAGGGGUUUCUCCAUCACGGAUGUUCAAAACUCAAUCUACGACGAGUUCCUGAAGUACUGCAAUCGAGUCUUUGGGAGAAGUCGCAUGGCUGUGAUUGUACACGAUUUCGAGUACAAGCCUGAAAUCCUAAAAAUCCAGCUUGAGACAAUUCACCGAACCCAGCCGACGACUUAUGAAUUGGCAGACUGUGUAGCUGUGGCAGGACGGCUCAACGUUCCCGAUGUCCAACUCUUUCACGAUAAGUCGACAAGUUUAGAGACGUUUGUCAGGAGAUUACGCUAAAUACGAUCGCAAAGACUUUCGAGAAAACAACCCAAGGCAAUUUCAAAAAGAUAUUAUACAUCCCAAAUUGAACAAGAUCGGAUUACGCUACAUCACUGUAAUGUUCGGACAUUUAAAUAGAUGAAGGUAAGGGCCACUGAAAAUUGCCUUAUGAUUUUGCAAAAUUCUUAUUAAACUGCCCCAUUGUUGAGGUAUCAACUUCAUGAAUAUGUAAUUGCUUCCAUGAAGUGCGUCGAACCGGACUUGAUCAUUUAUCAUGAUUAAUCUGCCGUGAAACACUGAAAAUGAACAGGUUAAUAUAUAUGGUCAGCAAAUUAGCCAGUGGAGCUGAUGAUAUCAUAGAAUUAUAUUCAUAUAACAUUGGGAUCAAUUAUCGUUUGAUGAAUCUCCUUGAAACUGAUGGAUUUAUCAAGUUUGGACCCCCUACAUGAUUACAGAAAUUGAUUUCAUUUCUAGUGAUAGAAGAUUAAAACGUUUUUCAGUCUCCUCCUCCCCACCC